CGUCAUGUCUUGGCUCUUCGGGCUGAACCGCGGCUCGGCCCCGGCGGGCGGAGGGGAUGCGGCACCGGGUACGGCCGGUCUCUCCCUUCCACCGGCCCCGGGAGGAGGUACCGGUACGGUGGCGGGAGGUGGAACCGGAGACCGUCAACCGCCCAAGGACAAAUGGAGCAACUUCGACCCCACGGGCCUGGAGCGGGCGGCCAAGGCGGCGAGGGAGCUGGACGCGUCCCGCCAUGCGAAAGAUGCUCUUAGUCUUGCCCAGAUGCAAGAGCAGACCUUGCAGCUGGAACAGCAAACAAAGCUUAAGGAGUAUGAGGCUGCCAUAGAACAACUGAAGAAUGAGCAGAUACGGGUACAAGCAGAAGAGAGACGAAAAACACUCAGUGAAGAAACGAAACAGCAUCAAGCACGAGCCCAAUACCAGGACAAAUUGGCAAGGCAGCGCUAUGAUGAACAGAUGCGACAGCAGCAACUGGCUAAUGAAGAAAAUCUGAGGAAGCAGGAGGAAUCUGUGCAGAAGCAGGAAGCCAUGAGGCGUGCUACUGUAGAGCGAGAGAUGGAGCUGCGGCAUAAGAAUGAAAUGUUGCGUGUCGAGGCAGAGGCAAGAGCCCGUGCCAAGGCUGAGCGGGAGAACGCAGACAUCAUUCGGGAGCAGAUCCGUUUAAAAGCUGCUGAACAUCGCCAAACUGUGUUGGAGUCCCUCAAGACAGCUGGGAUGCUCUUCGGGGAAGGAUUCCGUGCUUUUGUAACAGACUGGGAUAAAGUUACGGCCACGGUGGCAGGCCUAACCCUGCUGGCAGUGGGUGUUUACUCUGCCAAGAAUGCCACUGCAGUAGCAGGGCGAUACAUAGAAGCACGUUUGGGCAAACCUUCCCUGGUGAGAGAAACCUCACGCAUUACUGUACUGGAGGCACUGAAGCAUCCUAUCAAGGUUGGUAAGCGUCUUACCAGCAAGGCUCAGGACGCCCUUGAAGGAGUUGUUCUCAGUCCACAGUUAGAAGCACGUGUGAGAGACAUUGCCAUAGCAACAAGAAAUACAAAAAAGAACAAAAGCCUGUACAGGAAUAUUCUUAUGUAUGGUCCCCCUGGCACUGGAAAGACGCUCUUUGCCAAGAAAUUAGCUGUGCACUCGGGCAUGGAUUAUGCCAUCAUGACAGGUGGCGAUGUUGCCCCCAUGGGGCGGGAAGGAGUUACUGCCAUGCAUAAGCUCUUUGACUGGGCAAACACCAGUAGGAGAGGCCUCUUGCUAUUUGUGGAUGAAGCGGAUGCAUUUCUACGGAAGAGGGCAACAGAGAAAAUCAGUGAAGAUCUCAGAGCAACUUUAAAUGCAUUCCUGCACAGAACAGGGCAGCACAGCAACAAGUUUAUGCUUGUUUUAGCAAGCAACCAGCCUGAGCAAUUUGAUUGGGCUAUCAAUGACCGAAUAGAUGAAAUGGUGAACUUUGAUCUGCCCCAGCUAGAAGAACGGGAGCGGCUUGUGAGAAUGUAUUUUGAUAGGCAUGUCUUGAAGCCAGCCACAGAGGGUAAACAACGUUUGAAGCUGGCCCAGUUUGACUAUGGGAAGAAAUGCUCAGAGAUUGCCAGGUUGACAGAAGGCAUGUCUGGCCGAGAGAUCUCUCAGCUUGCUGUGGCAUGGCAGGCUGCAGCUUAUGCAUCAGAGGACGGUGUUCUUACAGAGGCCAUGAUUGAUGCUCGGGUAGCUGAUGCUGUGCAGCAACACAAACAGAAGAUGGAGUGGCUGAAAACAGAGGGUGCUGAAGCAAGCAAAGGGACUGGCAGAAACCCACUCCUGCCUUUCACCAAAGGAACACCAGUGUGAGAAGCCUGCAGGCUUCAGACCAGCAUGUGUGGGGAAGUGGGCAUGGGAGAAAUCCGGGAGGGUCUUCUGGGCCAAUGUUUGGUGGAAUCAUGUGUUGUGAGAAAUGUGUCCAUUUGUCCAAGGGAAGGGGGUACUCCCUCAGUCUGCCUUUGAUUUUAUGUUUUUAAAGCACACCAGAGAACAAAAUGGUUUAAAUGAGGCAGAAGCAACUGUAUUAAAGGACCCCCUUGCUGAAAUACCAUUGACUGUGUUAGUCUGUAUGGCCUGGCCUGCUAGAGGGGCCCAAACUCCAAAUUCUUUUCAGCCAUUUGACACUGUUCCGGAGUGUCCCAGUGACAUGGGCCUGUGGGAACCCAGGGCCCGUCCAAGCCUGCUGCUCCCAUAUAUCUAACUUUGUCGGGUUCAUGCUCCACCAGAGGUAUUUCUCAUCAUUUUCCCACAGAUCCUGCCCACGACAUACCUCCUUCCUCACGUCUCUGUAUGGCAUCACUCCUUGCCCUCUUGUUGUCACCCCUGCACAGACUCAGCGUAGACUUUGUGUUACAGAGGUGUAUUUGGUGUGGUUCACAGCUGUACCUGGUUAACUUGGAGUCAACACUUAGGAGAAACUACAACUGUGCAGUGGGUUGCUUAUAAGCACUGGGACUCUCCUUGUGAUGUAGCUACACCUGCUCGUGCCUGGCUGCUGCCUUUUGUUGUCUUUGUGCUUGGGUCUCCUGGAGAAUGGCUGUAGAGCUGGCCUGCAGCAGUGCACUGCAAGGGACUAAAAGCUCUGGAGCAUGACUCCUCAGUGCUGAAGUGCGAAGUGUUCCUUCCAAGCCUGAGAGCUUUUAUGCCCCUCCAGUGUAGCAUUGUAGAAUAACCGCACACACUCCCUGGAUCACAAAAGGUUAUCUGAACUGCAGUGGAGCAACUGGCACUUCCUACAGCACAGUCUUGAAAGCACUGCUCAUGAUGCAAGGUAGCCCUUCAGACACUGCUGAGCUGCAGCAGGAACCGCUGCUUCCCAGGUUCUGAUGUGUCUAUUCUGACUACACAGCCCACAAUGCUUUGUUGGCUUUCUCCAGCCAGGUGUCCAGCAUGGUCUGAAGAGAGAGAGGAGGGGUCUUCUGCUGCAUUUCUGGAACAACUGAGAAAUGUGCCAUUGUCAAGUCGUGAACACAAGCCUGUCUCGAUCAGAUGACAUUUGUUCUAUCUGUGUGCAUACAAGAGACAGGUCAGAAAAAUCUCUUGAUUUUUUUUUUUCUGAGUUUGAACUGGAUUUGAACUCUGUGCUCUGCUCCCAGUCCCCUUCUGGAACUACACUAUGCAAGCAUAUUUGCCUGACCUAAAUCUGUGCCCUUGAGUACCUUGCUGAGAUGUUCUUCUCUGACAGGAACUGACAGCAAUCUCUGCUUUGUCCAUUUCACUGGUGGUUGUUACGGAGUUUUGAGAGAUGCACCCUGACAAGAGCUUGUGAGCAUGGGAGCAGAACAGGGCUGGUCACCAGGGUCCUCGGAACAGGCAGCCUUGUGGCACAUCAGGAAAGAAAUAGUUCUUGAGGCUGCAAACUUUCACUGUCUUGGGCUGCCAUCUUCUCUCAAAGUAGUUCUCUUGAUAUUUUCCCCUGGAUGCCAAGGGAGAAUUUGAAGAUGCAUUUUAGAAGCUGCUCCUUUGUUAAGGACAGGUGUCCCACAGCAGUAGUGCAUGCCCAGGCUUGCAUGCCCCACUAACACUUAACUUGUUGCAAGGCACGUUGCUGUGGGAAGCAUGCUGCAGAGGAAAGGGAGGAAUCACUGUAUAAACUGAAACUGCAUACUUUAUAUUCUGAAGGACUGAACUAAACUUGAAUGCCAUUUUUUUUUCCCCUCCCCUUCAGCCUAGGUGGAGUUGUCCUUUAGUCCACUGACUUACUAGAGGAUUAGCUAUUCUAGGCUUUCCCCUUCCUAUUUAGAUUUUACUAGAGUUUUCUUUCUGUUAAGCCCCAAGAGUUGGAAGGUACCUAAGCAGAGCCACUCUGCUAAAAGAAACUUGCUAAUGAAUUGCAUGAGGGAGCAGUCUGAAAUUGUGUGAUUAAAAUCUCUCAUUGUGACACACCUUCAGUACUUUUCCCCUCUCUUCCAUAAUCAUCUCCGUAAAGCACAAAAGGAGUUGGUUGCGGGGGGAAAGGUACUCUGUCUUGUCCUUAUGCUGUCUGACUGCGCUUUUGCUGAUGCUGAUAGCUGGGAAGAGAAUCCUGCUGUAAAGCUCUGUGAAAGGCACAGCAGUUGCUGUCUCAGCUGUUUCAUGCGAUUCCUCCUUUGGAUUGCAUCAGGUCCCUACAUGGAAGCAGAGCGAGCACAGUGCUUGUAAUGCAGCUAUGAUCCAUGCUUCUGCGCUGUGCAACAGUGAUUAAUUGCAGGUUCGGGAGAUCAAUUAGCUAGAAGUAGCCUCUUGCUGUGGCAGGGAAGACAGCAGGAGGCAUAGGCUGACCUAAGGGUUCUCAGGUUUGCCUGAGUAUAGAAGUACUUUCCAGUGAGUUUUUAAGGGCUUUUAAUGACCACUCUUAACAAUAGAUACCACUGGUCCUCACCUGAGCUUUUUUUGCCUGGGCUUCAUGUGGAUGGAAAGGACUGUCUGUCUUGAAGAUGGACACAUGGGUGCUUUUGACAAGACGCAGGUGCCUUAGCGUUUCUGGUGUGUAUUGAGACAUCGCUCUGGUGUGACUCGCUAGCUGGUGCUGCUUGUAUCCCAAGGGGCAAAGUUCCUUCCCCUUCUUAGGCAGCCUGGAAGAUGAUGCUCUCUCUACUAAAUGAAGUCUGUUUUCUUUAGUUUAUUUUCCUUUAAGAGGUGGGAGAGGGGUAAGUAGAGCCAUUUCUAUACUUUAUACUGGGAACUUAGUCCUAGGAACAGCGCUCUUCAAUAUACAGAACUUCUGUGUGUCUCAACCUCGCUUCACCAUCAAAAAUCCACAAACAAUCAGCUGGUCAGAGCUUUGCACAUCUGCCAUGCUUUGUGAGCAACGUGUUGCAGGCUCUUGUGCAACCCUGGUGCUAGUUGAAAACCCAGGAGCGGAGCACUUCAGGACUCACUUGUUUUCUUCUCUCUGUUCACAAUCUCCCUCCACAGCCCCUGCCUGGUAGAUCGUGACAGUAUCUGUGUGUCUGAAAUUCACAGUGAGUUCUCCUCUUCCUUUCCAGAGAAGCUUGUGGCUCUGGGCAGAGCAGGCAUGUCCCCCAGUCCCCUUCUGAGAGAACCCUAGUAAUACAAUGUCAGAAAGUCCACAAUCGCUUCUACCCUUGGCAGCAGAAGGACUGUUUACACCCAGUCCAGUAGUUUGGAUUCAGCGAGAGUUUGAUAAAUGCUGUAUGAUGGAUGUUUUACUUCCCACCUGUGAAGAAGAGAAGGAGGUGGCACCUAGGCUGGGAAAAACUGAGGAGGUGGAACAGAAAAGCCAGAGAUGAGCCUGAUUCAAGAGGGUUGAGGAGACUUGGGGUGCUACAUCUGUCAGGAAAUAAAGUUCUCCAUCCAUUCUCUCACACUUGCAGGCUACUCUUCCUUCCUUCACAUCAUGUGCCGUGGGCUGUUGGACUGAUGAAGCCAGCUCUCUCAGUGCAUCUCAGGCACUAUUGCUACCAGCUCUCUAAAUCCUGCCUUUGAAAAGAGAUUCCUUGUCCCUCUUGCAAUGCACGUUGCUCCUAGCCACCAGCUAGGUGAUUUCAUGCCCUACCGCCUGCUGAAUAGCUGUGCCAGUUGCUGUCACUGCUGCUGCUCAUGUGGAAUGCAACAGGAAAGGAGAAAAAAGGCCACCUGUCAUUGUGCAACUCCUGCCUCAUCAAAGAUUUAAAUGCAGGGCCUCUGCCACCUCUGCCAGCCUCAUCAGUAAGUUUAGUUUGCUGUCAGCUCACAGGAUGAAUGAUAUCCCUGUGGAGGUGGCACCCAGCUAGCUAUUUGUUAACACUCCAUGCAGGGAUACAGGAUGGCAACCCCAGGCUGAGGUUAUCUCCUCUCUAUGACACUGAGCCAUUCAUGAUGUGCAUCCCUUAGUCAAUGCUUUCACAGACUCCUGGUGCUCUGCUGGACCUUGUGAUUCAGUCAGCAUCUCUCCCACUGACAUCAACCACUCAGGCAUUGGGAUAAGGCAAAGUUUGCCCACCUGAGCUGCGGUAGAAGAGGAACCAAAGGACUUUGAUCAACUGGAUACUCAAGGUGCUCUGGGAGCUUCUGUUGGCUAUUUCUACCUUCAAAGACCCCUGAAUGCAGAAGAGGCCUUCGUCACCUCCAUGUUCACCCGCACACGCUCUUCAUCAAUGCCAUACUGAAUGUUAAACUGCUGCUGUGAAGCUAUCUCGAAGAGAAAUUUGAAGUGAGACUGAGGCUCCCUGUGUCCUUUAUCGCCUGCAAGCCUCUAGCCUUCAUACAAAGGACGGUGAAGGGUGAACACUGACCUCCCUUUUCCAGGGGAGCCAGUACACGUGAAAUGUUUUCUUCACAAUGUGCUUUCUCCUGAGCUGGGGAAUAACCUUGGAUCAGGAUUUCCCUUGUUGGCUCCCCCAGGGCUUCCUCCUGCCUCGGCUUGCCUAGACCUUAUCUAAGAACAGUUGAGGUUGGAAGGGGCCUCUGGAGUUCAUCUGGUCCAACCUCCUUGCUCAAGCGUGGCUACCUAGAGCAGGCUGCCCAAGACCACGUCCAGCUGGCUUUUGACUAUCUCCAAGGAUGGAGGCUCCACAACUUCUCUGGCAACCUGUCCCAGUGCUUGGUCACCCUUACAGUA